AUGGCCAAUAAUGGUAACGGAAGUGAGUCAUCAACUAACAUCAACAAUGGGAUGCCGGUUACCAUAAAACAGUUCCAGGAUCUGAAACCCACUACAUUUACCAGCGGCCUAGACCCAAUGGUAGCAGAUGCUUGGGUUAAAGACAUGGAAAAGAUUUUUCGCGCCCUACCCUGCACCGAAAGACAGAAGUGGCUUCUCACUCUGGAGAAAGAAGAAAUUGCAACUUGGGCAAGAUUCUUGGAAGUAUUCUAUGAAAAAUACUUCUCAAAUUCAUUGCGGGAACAGAAGGCAUCCGAAUUCAUAUAUCUAAAGCAGGGAACCAUUGCGGUGGCCGAAUACGAGAGCAAGUUCACUCAACUCGCUCGGUUUACAACAUACUUCAAUCCCACCGAAACUCGAAAAGCAAGAAAAUUCAAAGCAAGAUUUGAUGCUGAAAUUAAAGAUAGGCUCGAGGUCUUGAAACUACCAACCUAUGCAGAAGUGGUAGACCGGGCGUACAUUACAGAAAAAAAGGAUUAA